GUGAAACAGUCACAGCAUAGGCCUGAGCGGGACACACACACUGCGGCCGCCGUAGCUCCACAGCAGCGCACUGAGAGGCGUUAGCAGCGGAACUACAGCCGGGGAGCUAACCGGAGCUAAUGCGCCGCGGAGACUCGCACAGCGCCGCACAGCCGCAGCCGAAUGUCUCACCUCCGUCCGGGACACUCACCUGCUCCUCAGCACCAUGAUCCCGCUGCUCUGAGCUCUCCCCGCGGAAAGACCGACGAGCCCUCGCCCGCGUUUCUGCCUGUCCGAGCGCCGAAAUAAGGUGUGAAUGACCGACGUGGUGCCCCUCACUGCGCUCAGCGAAAUCAAGCUCCGUCUUCUGUGCCAAGAUGACAUAGACAGCGUUAAAGUGCUCUGUGGAGAUUGGUUCCCCAUUGAGUAUCCUGACUCAUGGUACCAUGACAUCACGUCAAACAAGAAGUUCUUCUCCCUGGCUGCUACCUUCAAAGGGGGCAUCGUGGGGAUGAUUGUGGCUGAAAUAAAGGGAAGAACAAAAGUACACAAAGAGGAUGGGGACAUUUUGGCCUCCAGCUUUCCUGUUGACACUCAGGUUGCAUACAUCUUGAGCUUAGGAGUGGUAAAGGAGUUCAGAAAACAUGGAAUAGGUUCUCUGUUGCUGGACAGUCUAAAGGACCACAUCUCCACCACGGCCCAGGACCACUGCAAGGCCAUCUAUCUUCAUGUACUCACCACCAACCUCACAGCCAUCCAUUUCUAUGAGAACAGAGACUUUAAGCAGCAUCAUUAUUUGCCCUAUUAUUACUCGAUCCGAGGAGUGCUCAAGGAUGGAUUUACAUACGUCCUUUACAUCAACGGCGGACAUCCUCCUUGGACAAUCUUUGAUUAUAUUCAUCAUAUAGGGUCAGCCUUGGCCAGCCUAAGCCCGUGCUCCAUUCCACAGCGGAUCUACCGCCAAGCACAGAGUCUUCUGCGCAGCUUUCUGCCCUGGUCAGGCAUUUCAUCCAAGAGCGGCAUUGAGUACAGCAGGACCAUGUGAGAGCUGUCCGUCACCAGCCCUGCAGGUGAAGAGAAUUUCAGUCUUACCAGUCCAAAACCUUAACCCCAGUGGUGGUGAAUUUUACACAAAGCCCUGUCUCGGUUGCCUGCAUUCCUCCCCACCCCAGCCCGUGUAUUAUAUCUGUAAAUAAUAUAUGCUCUGAUUAAUAUAUGCAUUGUCUUUAGUAGACUACCCUCUUGAUAUGAACCUUCCAGUCCACUUCACGCCUGUAAUUCCGCUGCUAUGUAGAAAACGUUCUAUGGCUCUCCCAUAUUUUUAAUAUAAAUAGAUUUUUAUGUGUGCCUAUUCUUUGUAAGGGGACUGAAGAAGGUAAGGUAGCAGUACUUCCAGGUAGGUUCAUUAGUAACGGAGUCACCUGAGUGCGUGUGUCAUGCAGUGGGUUCUUUUACGGUGUUCUUUUACGGCACCCUGACACAAAGCACUUCUUUCUUUUUCUUUUUUAUUUUUAUGCAGAGUUUUAAAUAAUGGGUUUUAAGAAGGAUAUGUGGAAAGGCAGCGAAUGUAGUCGAGAGGAGUCCGCAGUCCAUCCUAUUCAUAAACACCAUGCAGUGUAUCUUGAUUUUAUAUUGGAACGUUGAAUGUAAUCAUUAGGGUAGAUGGGAUGUAAUUGCUAAGUGUAAGGUGGUGAAUCAGGGAGUAAACGCAUUGUGAGGAAAUGCAUGCAGCUUUGCGAUCGAUUUCUUUAACACUGGGUAAGUGAUAUUUAGUAAGUGAUCUCGCUGGACUCGUCCACUAACGCUGUUAGGUUGAAUAGGAAUGUGCUCAGAAAGUUAGGGAGGAUGUUGUCGCUGUCCAGAGAAAAAGAAGCAUCUCUAAAUCAGCUUAACUUUAGAGGAGAGAGAAAAACCUUCUAAUCUUUCAAUGGAAGUCAAUGUUAAAGAGUUUAUUUCAUGUAAUUUUGAAGUAUUUCUGUUAAUUUCGGCACAGUGUAAGGGACAGUUUGUCUGUUGAAAUUAUGUAGUAAACUAAAAAUCAGCAAAAAUUGUGAUGCUUGUUUUUCAUUGGACAGCGACGAUAUAGUUAAAAUCAGAAUAUUUUUUUAAAUUGGCUAGACAUUAACGGCUCUGGCCAACAUUGUUUGGAUGCUAACUACUUUGACUGGAUGUUAACUUCUCUGGCUGACAAUUGCUAGAUGGGACUACUCUGGCUAAUGUUAGCAGAAGCGUAACUGCUCUGGCUAAUGUAGGCUGGAUGUUUAAUGCUCUGGGUGACCUUGAUUGGAUGUAAAUUGCUCUGAACAUCUGCCCGACAUUGGCUAGACCAUAACUGCUCUGGAGGACAUUGGAGGUCUUUGGACAACAUUGGUUAGACAGUAACAGCUUUGGCUGAUGUUUACUUGAUGUUAUCUGCUUUAGGGUGGAGUUCCCAAAUGGUUCUUAACACUGAGAUGAUUCUUAGAUGGUUGAGCUCUCUCCAUGUUACAAAGUUUUUAAUGCUGAGUUUUUGGGAAAUGGUGCCCUGGUCAGAUGGAACUGCUCUGGCCAGUAUUGGCUGGAUGGUAACUACUCUGGCCAAUGUUGACCUGAUGUUAACUGCUCUGGAUGACAUUGGUUAGACAAUAACUGCUCUGGCAGAUGUGGGCUGUAUGCUAAGUGCUCUAGCUGAUGUUGACCUAAUGUUUACUGCUCUGGAUGACAUUGGUUAGACGAUUAUUGCUCUGGCAGAUGUUGGCUGGAUGGUAACUGCUCUGGCCAAUGUUGACCUCAUGUUAACUGCUCUGGAUGACGUUGGUUAGACAAUUACUGCUCUGGCAGAUGUUGGCUGGAUGGUAACUGCUCCAGCCGAUGUUGACCUGAUGUUAACUGCUGUGCAUGACAUUGGUUAGACAGUAACUGCUCUACCAGAUGUUAGCUUUUUUUUUUUUUUUUUUUGGAACAUUACUGGUCGAUAUUGGAUAAAUCAUAACUGCCCUGGCCCGUGUUGACUGGAUGUUGAGUGCUCUGGCUGACAUUGAUUAGACUUUUAGCACCCCCUCAUACAUUUGUUAACAUGCUCAUUGACACAGAACCAUCCUUGAAACUAAAAGCAGCAUGUGGUCUGAGGCGGUAGAGUAAUAUUACAGGAUUUUUCAAUAAUAAGACUUGGUUUAAGCAGCGUUAUGCAGUUCUGAAGAGAGAUCUCAUACAGCUCCACCAAAGUUACAUAGUGCAGUAGCAGCGUUUUGACCCAUAGUGGCAACGACAGAGACAAAAUUUCUCUCUAUUACAGACAGUUUACCAUCUGUAUGAUUUGUAAGCUGCUAUUUUAAGGUCAAAUAUUGAAUUGCUAAUUAACAUUGCUUUAAACACUUACAAUACUGUGCAAAAAAAAUCAGACCACCCUUUGUUAUAUUCAGCAUUGGGAGAAAAGGCAGAAAAUGCGUAUAAGAGAAAAUGUCACUGAAGCCUGAGCAACUAAAUCUUAUAUCAUCUGUUUAAAUGUUUAGAGCAUCCACCCUUUACUUUUGUUACAGCUGUUCAGUUAAUAUAUUAUUAUACUAACUCUCAUUAAAUUAUUCUGUAACUAAUUAAUUAACACUUGCGCAAAAGUUUUGGCACCCCCGGUCUAAUAACAUUUAUUCCUCAUUUUAAAAAAGUUAAAUAAGCCUAGAUGCUGCACAUAUGAAGAUUUAAAAUUUUGCAUUUAAUAUUUUGCAGUAACAUUUGCAGAGGUGCCAAGAGUUUUGCACGACUACACAAACUCACACAUGCACGCAUUUCUAUAUGUAUAGUGUCCCUACUGACCCCUGAUUGCAUCCUUAGUCCCCAUUUCUCCUCAUUUUAAAAAGGGAAUGAAUGCCACUGAUGUUCUGAGCCAACAUGACUGUACACAAAGUUCUGAUCUUUCCACCGCCCAGUGUAUGUGUGUGUGAAGUGUGUUACUCUAUAAAGACACAAAUGCAUUGUUCCUAUGCUCCUUGCAACCACUAAAUAAUUUUCUGUUUUCUGUGUGCAUUUUACAAUUGCUGUAAUGUUUCUCUGAUUCUCUGAAUACUUUCAUUCUUGAAGUGGAAUUCCACCAUAUUUUAAACAAAUUUCUUACUAAUUUAGUGUUUGAGAUGUAAGCAUAGUCUUUCAGAGUGGUUUGGAGUAAAUGGAUUAUAGUAAAAAUGUUUUACAUUGGUGGUAAAUGGAGCCAGAUGUUGCAAGGUCUGUAAAUUAACCUGCAUGGAUCGUUUUAUAUAGUUUUGUUUAUGGUGAUAGUGACACAAAUGUGAUUUAUUUUUCCUUACUGUGACACAUCUGAUUUAGUUUUUAGGUCUGAAUGGGCAACUGGAAUCAAGUGUUUCUAAAUUGGAUUUAAAUCAUGUUAAUAUGUGCACCAAGAUUGUCUGUGUGUCUGAUUUGUGGGAGUGCAACAAUAAUGUGAAUGGUCAGAUGGGAUUAGUUUUUUCUUUGUUGUGCCAAAUCUGACUCCACUUGGCUUUCAGUCGUAUUCACACAACUGAAUAUAAUCUACAACGAACAGGGCAAAGCACCUAAUGGGAGUCUAAUUCUGGUAGGGAGUUGGAAUUUGGCAUCAUCAAAUUGUCCCUCUGGGACAUGUAUCAUAGGAAAUAUUUUGCAAAUAUAUGGAAAUGUGGAAUAUGAUCUGAGCAAAAAUCUUAAUUAAGGAUGUAAUGUGAACAUGGCACAAGUGGCCUUUUUAUCUGUUUAUAAUGUGAAUAUAAUGUAAAGCAGUACAGACAGAAAGACAUAUGUAAUCCAAUCUGACUAUUGACAUUUUUGUUGCAUAGCGACAAAUCUGAUACAUAUCCAAUCUAUGACCCCAAAUGAAAGUAACCCAAAUAUGAUUUUUAGAUGAUCUGGUUUGAGUCCAAACAGUCCUGAAAAUAUCAGAUCUAUGCCGCUUUAACUUGGUAAUGUGAACAGAGCUGAAAAUUGGGGGGAAAUUAGAUUAUAAUUAAAAAUCUGAAAACAAAUCUUUUUUGCUACAUUAAUACAGUAAGGAAAAGUGUCCAAAACCUGAUUUUCUUACCAAAUUUAAUGUUUAUUUUAUGUUGUUCACACAUGCACAUCUUUUUAAAUUCACCCAUAAUCCCUUCAGACAUUGGAUUCCUUUUACCACCAUGCAGCAAGUUACUCUUCCAACCAAACCCAAACCCUCUGAAUGAUUAUCCAUUCAUUUAUGCGGAAAUGCUGAUAUUUUGCUGGAAUUCCUCUUUUAUGUCUUCAUUGCCUUUGAGGUUAUUCUUAAAAAGUGAUCACGACAUUGUAUUGUUGUAUUGUUGUGAAGAAUGAUGCUUUUCUUUUCCUCAUAUAAGCUGUAAAUGAGACCCAAUAUACAGAAUUAAGCCUUGAUCUAGUUUUGGUUUAGAUUCUGAUUUGCAUUGAUAAUAAUGUAAUAGUAUCUUUUUUGCAUUAUCUACAUCAUUAGUGUAGAACUAGGUUUAAUCUGAUUCAUAUAGAUUUAAAUGCAGUCUCACCUCUAUUCAUUGAUUGUGAAGACUUGUGCAAUAGUGCCCUCAACUGGCAAAAAAAAUAUGUAAAACUUACAUAUUUUUUUUCUAUUAUUAUUAAACUCACUCGAGUUUCAGCUUUACAUUGUCUUUUCUGUGUUUACCACCUGUUACAGCAGUGGGAGAAUUUCACAGUGUUAGCCAGAGUGUGGACCUAAGAACUGCUCCUAUUGGACAGGUCUGAUCUUAUGGGGUUUUCUGGCUAACUCUCUGGGUUUUCUGAUCUCUCCCUCCUUCAGCUCAUCCAUUUGUUUGCAUCUUGUGCUCCAUCCGUCCAGCAGUCACACACUGAUUAUUACACACAUUGUUUUGAGAUGACUUCUUGAUGAGAACGAAAAGAGGAAAUAAAGCUAUUAAAGAAG